AUGGCAAUAGGUGUUGAGUGUACUUUUUUUAGUUAUUUAUUACUAAGUUAAGUCGAGAAAAAAAUGAGGAGAAACUGGAAAAGGAGAACAAAUCGAAAAACACAAAAAGGAGAAGAAAAAGAAAUUAAUGUAUUUAUUUAUUAAUUAAUUAGCUAAUCAAUUGAGAGAUGCUAAUACUAAGGGAGAAUUUAUAAAUUUGAAUGGAAAAAUGAAGAUAUUUUAAAAUAAAAGAAAGUUAAAAAGAUAUAUAGAUAGAUUGAGAUACAGGCAGAUAGUCAUAUAAAUAGAUAGAUAGACAUGCGGAUAAAUAGAUGA